AUGUCGUUCACCAAGUGCUGUUCUCCUGACGUCGGCUUUGGUUCGUCCCUCACACUCAGCAACCCAAUUACCGAUCCUGUCGACGUCCCAUUCCGUUUCCGCGACUUGCCCAAGGAACUUCGCUUCAUGGUCUACGAGUACGCUCUGUCUUUCGACUCAAUCGACAAGUACUGCAGUGACUACCUGGAACUUCUGUGUGUCACAUCCGAUACAAGAGAGCCUGCUCCCGAUGUCGAGAAGUCUUGCCCAUCUAUUCUCUUGGUCAGCAAGGAUAUCACCGAAGAAGCUCUGCCCAUCUUGUACAAGACUCCUCUCAAUCUGUCCUUCGGUAUAUUCAAGGCCCAUCUCCAGGAUCUCAUUGCCCCUGAGUUACUUCGCAAACUCCGCUACAUCAACUUCUCAGAUGCUGGAACUCGCCACCUGAACCCUCCUCCCCAUGACUGUUUUGGAGGCAUUUGCUAUGCUGUUACUGAGCUUGCUACAAUUCUCAGAUCUGGUCACUCGAUCAAGUCGUUCACCAUGGAUUACACAUCAGCAUAUCUGUCCUUUCACCUGAGAGAUUGCUUGGAUGACGAGCAAAAGCAAUGUGGCAUCAAGAGCUGGGCCCACAACUUGAUUAGAGCCCUAAAAGAGCUGCACAGCAUCGAAAUGGUCUCUCUGACUGUUGAGCUCUCUGAAGAUAUCAAGCAGGAGAUUGUCAGCUGUAUGAAAGGUCCGGCUUGUGGUUUCCUCAGCCUUCCUCUUCAUAUUCGCCAGAAGAUUUACGGCUACGCUGCUGAUGUCAACGAUGGCGCCUCUGCUUUUCAGCUCGCAAUCAAGCAGCUUGCNCUUGCAAGUAUAACCACGAUACUCUCACCAGCAAACAUCAAACUAACCCACAUCAGCAACCAAGAUCCCACCUUCAAGGAAACAACAACCCCCACCAUCUUCCUCCUCAACAGACAAAUCGAACAAGAAGCCAACGAAGUAAUCUACAGCAAGCCCUUUGUCAUCAAGAACCUCUACCCAAUGGUAAACUCCACCUUCCUCAAACUCGACGACUUCUUCACUCCCUACACCUUCAAGAAGAUCCAACACUUGGAGCUGCACCUGACAUACCACAAUCACCUCUCCAUGCUCCCCACCGUCGCCAACAUGCUCAGACGCCGCCGCAAGAACAACCUGCUCAAAUCUCUGCACCUCCACUUCUCAGAGCCACGCAGCAAGCGCUUGAUUCUUGCUAUUAGUGAGUAUUACCCCGACAACACUGUUUAUGCAUGCAUGCGCUAUCUCAACUACCUGCGUGGGGCUGUGGGUAAAGUUACCAUUACCGGAAGUAUGCCUGAGUGCUUUACUGCUCCUAUCAUUCACAAUAUGGGGUUGAAGGAUUUGAGUGAGAAGGCUAUGCCUAUCAAGGUGCGGGAUGUGCAUGAGCGCGAGGUUGAUGUGCAUGCUGUGCAGGGCACUGCUUUCUACAGAAAGCAGCGUGGUAUCUUGAUUGAGCCUGUGGAGGUCAUGGAGAUUGAUUGA